AUGGAAACAAACAAGAGCCGUAAAUGGGAGGAGAAAAUAAUUGGAAUAGGACUACGUUUCAAAGAUGAACUUGGAAGGCCUGUCAAUUAUAGUUUUCCACUGGAAUUUGGGGUUGUGCAAGAUGCUGAUCGUCUAGAUGCAAUUGGUGCAAUUGGAAUUGCUCGUUGUUUCACCUUUGGUGGAAGUAGGGACAGUGUGCUUCAUGACCCCACCAUUCAGCCUCGCUCAGACUUGUCUAAGGAACAAUACAUGAAAAAAGAUGAGCAGACUACAGUGAAUCAUUUUCAUGAAAAGCUUCUCAAGUUGAAAGAUUUAAUGAAAACCAAGGCUGGGCAGAGAAGGGCUGAGAGUAGGCACAAGUUCAUGGAGGAGUUUCUGAAAGAGUUCUAUGACGAGUGGGAUGGGAGGGCUUGA